AUGAUAUUUUUAAUAUUAUGGUUGAGUAUUAUCAAGCUUCUAUUACAAUAUCCGCAAAAUGCUAUAAGCCAAAAAUUAAACACAUCUCUAAUGAUACCUUUAUCCAGAUUACACACUGGCGGUGAAGAGCGGUGCUGUGGAAGAUGCGCAAUGCAAUUGAUGAAUGAUUUAAUUAAGAGGAUUGGUAGCAAUGAAACAUCAAAAUUAAUUAAUCUUAACUAUAAUAAUUUCUUAUUUGCAAUGUCAAAUGCUACAAUUCUUCAACAUUUUUGCAAAGAAUUUCAUCAAUUUGAACAAUGUUGUUCAACGUGUGCUCCAAGUUAUUCACAAAAAAUUUUAAUGGGAUAUUCUGAAAUUAUCGACCAGAUAUGUGUUUACAAUUUUAAAGAUAUUAAAGAAAAUUUUGGAUGUUUGGCUCGAUUGGAUUCACAAAUGAUACAACUUUGUAUGCAUACAUGUACACCGUAUCAGGAAGCAUUUCAUUCUAUAGCUCGAAAUUUUCGACAUUUCAUUCUUAAUAAUGAUGUAAAUAUCCUCGAAAAUUAUUUGAAUGAAUCAUGCGAAUAUGUUCUUUGUUCAUUGCAUUGUGAUAUUCCACUGAUUGCUCAUAAUUGCGGCUAUGAAAUAGUUGAAAAAGUUAUUGCAUUAACAAGAAAAUCAUUCAAGUCAUUGGAGAAGAUGUCACUCGACAUAGCUGUUAUCAACAGGUGGCCUAAAGCGUGUUCCGAAGUAAUCAGUUAUAGGAUACCUGAACGAAAUUUAACAAUUAAACAACAGAGAAAUUCGACUAUCAUAAAUCAGACACAACAAAUGAAGCAAAUUGAAACAAACGGUGAUGGAAAUCAAAAAUUGAUCAAAUUGUUAUCAUUAUUAUUAUCACUAUUCAUCUAUUUUACGUUGGAAUAA